AUGAUGGUUAGUCGUACACUAUCUCAAUCUCGAUAUUUUCUUAUAUUAUUUGCUUUAAUUCCAUUGUUAUUGUCUAUAAUGCAUUAUUAUAAAAAAUCAAAUUUAUUAAAUAAUAUAUUUCCAUAUCAUAAUAGAGAUAAUAUAUUAAUAAAAAUUUUUGAAAUAAAUGAUCGACUACCAACGUAUAAACUAGUUACAUAUCAAGGAUAUGAAUUUCCUUUGAAACGAAAUCGUGCACAAACAGUAUUAAUCAAUCAUUUAAAACUUCAGGAAAAAUGUCAACAAAAUCCAAAUACAACUGUUUUUGAUAUUGGAGCAUCUUUAGGAGAAUUUGGUUUAUAUGCUGCUGCAUGUGGAUGUCAAGUUUAUAUGUUUGAAAUUGAACCAAGAAAACUUUCAUUGAUUGAAAAAUCGAUAACAAUAAAUAAAUUUGAAUCACGUGUUCAUUUAAUGAAAAAAGCUGUUAGUGAUUUAAAAUCGAAUACGACAGUAUAUUUUAGUAAAAAUAGUACUAGUCAAUUAUCUUCUAUUAAUCAUCACAAAAAUCAAGAUAUAUAUAGGGGUGAAACAAUUAAUUUAAAUGAUUAUCCAUUUUCAUCAUCAAUUUAUUUAUUUCGAGUUGAUGUUCAAGGACAUGAAUUACACGUUUUUAGAUCAACUGAAAAAUUAUUUCGUCGACAUCUUAUAAAUCAUGUUAUUUUUGAAUAUACUAGUUGGGGAACACCAAAAACUGUACACCAAGACAUUUUUCAAUAUAUGAAACUUAUUCUUGGCGCAAAAACAUUUUAUGCACUUCAUCCAAAAGAACCAAUCAUUUAUGGACCUUUGAAUGACAACGAUCUAAAUGAAUUUUAUUCUCAACAUCAUCAACAACAUUUACAAAGAGAUGUUUAUGCACUAUUUAAAGAUGAACAAUUGUCAAUCAGUGCAAGUCCCUACAAUUUUUCUUCGUCUUUUAAAUAA